GCUUCAGACCGGUACCUGCCUCAACUGUCAGUGUCUGUGGGAGGUGUUGUGGAUGCGGGGUGGACGCAGCUCUGUGUAAACACCUUAGGUAUCCCUACAGAUUGCCAUGCUGAUUACAUGUUGGUAUUUAUACCUCACAGCUCGGAGCGUCGCCGAACACUCUCUGAAAAUGGCCUCAAUUCUGCAUAAACUGAUGACCCCACUGUUCAGUGGUCCCCCUGAGCCCCCCAGGAACAAAGUGACAGUGGUGGGUGUGGGCCAGGUUGGCAUGGCUUGUGCUGUCAGCAUCUUGCUCAGGGAGCUGGCUGAUGAACUGGCCCUGGUGGAUGUGAUGGAGGACAAGCUGAAAGGAGAGAUGAUGGACCUGCAGCACGGCAGCCUCUUCCUCAAAACCCACAAAAUAGUGGCAGACAAAGACUACUCUGUGACAGCAAACUCCCGCAUUGUGGUGGUGACCGCUGGAGUUCGUCAGCAGGAGGGGGAGAGCAGGCUGAACCUGGUCCAGAGGAAUGUCAACAUUUUCAAGCACAUCAUCCCUCAGAUCAUCCGAUACAGUCCUGACUGCAUCAUUAUUGUGGUUUCCAACCCAGUUGAUGUGCUGACAUAUGUGACCUGGAAGCUGAGCGGCCUUCCCAAGCACCGCGUCAUUGGCAGUGGCACCAACCUGGACUCGGCACGCUUCCGCUUCCUGAUGGCCGACAAACUGGGAAUCCACGCCAGCAGCUUCAACGGCUGGAUUCUAGGAGAACAUGGAGACACCAGCGUGCCUGUGUGGAGUGGAACAAACGUGGCUGGAGUUAACCUGCAGACGUUGAACCCGGACAUUGGAACUGACCUUGAUGAUGAGAACUGGAAGGAAACCCACAAGAUGGUGGUGGACAGUGCCUAUGAGGUGAUCAAACUGAAGGGUUACACCAACUGGGCCAUCGGCCUGAGUGUAGCUGACCUGACAGAGAGCCUCAUGAAGAACAUGAACAGGAUUCAUCCCGUUUCCACCAUGGUGCAGGGCAUGUAUGGAAUCAGUGACGAGGUGUAUCUAAGUCUGCCCUGUGUGCUGAACGGUGGAGGCGUAGCGAGCGUGGUCAACAUGACCCUGAAUGACGACGAGGUGGCUCAGCUGCAGGCCAGUGCCAACACUCUGUGGGACAUCCAGAGGGACCUGCGGGAUGUGUAACAGAAAAGCAGGGGGCGCUGUAGUAGCACCCUUCUGACUGCUCUUCACGCACAGUAUUAAUGCACUGCAGUCACAGAACACCAGACAGCUCCACCUUCCACACCUUCAACCCACCGCCCUCUGUAGAGUCACAGGCGUUCAGUGGGUUUUAAUCCCAUCAGAUUUAGCUGUAGGUGUACACAGAAAACGAAUGUGACAUCAACUGAGUGAAAUGAUGCUCUGACUCAUCAGUCCUCAGCUGUGAUGCAGUGUGAGCCACUCAUGUUUCUCUGAUGUGUAAUGAAAUAAAGUUUGUUGGUCCUCGAACAGGAAGAAUGUGUGUGCUGUUAUGCAGUGAUAAAAAAAAAAACACUCUAAAGUAGAAAUGUAAAUGUUAUAUCUGUAAUGCAGCCAUUGAAAUUCUUCAACCAAAAAUCAUAAAAGAUUCAUGAUAUCCUGAUGGAA